CAAUUAAAACUCUUUGAUUUGUUACUUCCCUUUCUCUCUCUUUCUCUGCAGUAAUUAUUUCACCCUCUGUCUCUCUAUGUUUCAGCUUCUGUCUCAAACCCAUAAUUCCUCGUUUUCCCUCUCAGAUUCCCAGAAAAUUCUCCUGGGAUUUUCUUAGAUUUCCUAAAGAACUCCUUUUCCAUCAAUAUUAAGAUAUUUCCUCUGUUUACCACUCGCUCCUCAUUUGCAGAAAAGAUGGGUAUAUAUCUCAGCUCCCCUAAAACCGAAAAACUAUGGGAAGACGGCGAGAAUGAUAGGGUUCGAUACGGUUUAUCAUCGAUGCAAGGAUGGCGUGCAACUAUGGAAGAUGCUCAUGCUGCAUAUCCUGAUCUAGAUGCUUCUACUUCGUUCUUUGGUGUUUAUGAUGGUCAUGGAGGUAAGGUGGUUGCAAAGUUCUGUGCUAAAUAUCUUCACCAGCAGGUUCUCAAGCAUGAAGCUUAUGCAGCUGGGGACAUCGGAACAUCUGUUCAGAGAGCAUUUUUCAGAAUGGAUGAGAUGAUGCGUGGACAAAGAGGAUGGAGAGAAUUAGCCAUUUUGGGCGAUAAAAUAAACAAGUUUACUGGCAUGAUAGAAGGAUUGAUAUGGUCUCCAAGAGGAGGUGAUAGUAAUGGCCAAGUUGAUAAUUGGGCCUUCGAGGAGGGCCCUCAUUCUGACUUUUCUGGACCGACUUCCGGGAGCACAGCCUGUGUUGCAGUUGUUAGAAACGACCAACUUAUUGUUGCAAAUGCCGGUGAUUCUCGUUGUGUGAUAUCUAGAAAGGGUCAGGCAUACAAUCUCUCUAGAGAUCACAAACCUUAUCUCGAAGCCGAGAAAGAACGGAUUUUAAAAGCUGGUGGGUUUAUACAAGCAGGACGUGUCAAUGGAAGUUUGAAUCUUGCAAGGGCAAUAGGUGACAUGGAAUUCAAGCAGAAUAAAUUUUUAUCUGCUGAAAAGCAAAUCGUAACCGCAAAUCCCGACAUAAACACCGUUGAGCUCUGUGAUGAUGACGACUUCAUUGUUCUGGCAUGUGAUGGAAUCUGGGACUGCAUGUCAAGUCAGAUGAUAGUCGAUUUUAUUCAUGAACAUCUGAAAUCGGAAAGCAAGCUUUCUGUUGUUUGUGAGAGAGUACUAGAUAAGUGCUUAGCACCAUCGACAGCCACCGGUGAAGGUUGUGACAAUAUGACGAUGAUCUUGGUGCAGUUGAAGAAACCAAUCAAGUCCGCCUCCUCCGCAAAGGAACAAUCCUCCAAUUCUGAAUCCAUUGAAACUGAAUUGAAGGUAGAGUAAAGUCCAGAAAGCUAGUAGUUGCAAUUGUUGGUGUGGACCCUUCGGGUGCAUUUGGUUCAUGAAAUAUAAGAUUACCAGUGGGAAUAGGAUUACCGGAAUGUAAUAUUACCUAACACAUUAC